AUGGUCGUCAUCAACUGUGGUGCGCUAGGCUGUUGCAUACACUUAUGCACUUUAUCUUCGUUUGCAGCCGCACUUUUUUUCUCCGUCUAUGAGGCUGGAAAGGGCUCUGCGUUACAUCUAGGUGCACCAGCAUGGUUGUCAUCCAUGAUCGCCGCAAGUCUUGGUGAAAUUGCAGCUUGUGUGGUGCGUGUGCCCUGCGAGGUCGUUAAGCAACGAGCUCAACAUCGUCCGCACUUGAGCAUCUCUUCAAUUAUCUCGAAAAGCCUGAAGAACGAAGGUAUAGGCGGCCUCUAUCGGGGUUAUCUGAGCACAAUAUUCCGUGAACUACCCUUCUCUCUUAUUCAGUAUCCGGUGUGGGAAUUGCUGAAGCGAGGCCUGGAGAAACACAAUCGUCGGCACGGCACUACACCCGACGGCAGACUGACCGCAGGUCAGUUCGCUCUCUGCGGCGCCCUCGCCGGUGCCAUAGCGGGCGGCUGUACCACUCCUCUGGAUGUUAUUAAAACCCGAAUAAUGUUAGCAGAGGUAAGUUCACGUGCAAGUCUGUGA